AUGCUCUCCAUCAGUAAAUUCGAAUGUUUAUGCGAUGAAUUGGUGAAUAUUUCCGCUGCAAAACUCAAAGCUGGAAAAAAAUAUCAAAUCUCGAUGAGUUUAAAACACCGAACGGGUACCCACAAAUCAUUCGGUGUCUUCAAAGCGGACUCGAGAGGGAAAAUUGAUUUGCGAAAACAGGCGCCAACCAGCGGCACUUAUUCAGUGAUCGAUCCAAUGGGCCUCUUCCAUUCGAUAAUUCCCUCAGAAGAUGUGCGAUUGGGUGCAACUGUUUGGGCCACUCCGCCCGAUCCUUUCAUUUACACGAUUUGUUUAUUGGAUGAAGAUGACAAAUUAAUAUCGAAGCUCACGCACAUUCGACAUUGGAAACAUCCAUUGGUGAGAAGAGAAGAAAUCGACAACGAGGCACUGACUGGGACGCUCUUUUUGCCACCAGGUGUUGGCCCGUUUCCCACGAUAAUCGACUUUGCUGGGACUGGAGGCGGAAUUCGAGAGCAUCGAGGCGCCCUUCUCGCCUCGUAUGGUUUCGCCACUCUGUCCCUUGCCUUUUUUGCUUAUAAAAGCUUGCCAAAAGAGCUUGAGGAGGUCGAUAUCAAUUACUUUUUGAAAGCAAUCGAUUGGCUCUCAAAGCAGUCAUUCGUCUCCUCAAUCGGCAUCCAAGCGAACUCUUUCGGCGGCGUUGUUUUGAGUUUAAUCGCCGAUCGAUCGGAUAAACUCUCAGCCUACUGUAUAAUCAACUCACUUCACUACAUGGAUCCAAAUGCAAAAAUCACCGAAAAUGGGCAACCGCUGCCGACUGGGAUAUUGCCAUCGGAAAUCGAAUACGAUUUCAAAGACAACGCUUUAAUCUAUCGAACAACACUUGAAAAAAUGGAGGUGCCAAAAGAGGCCGAACAUCAAUUUAGUAAAUGCAAAAAGGGGACACGAUUUCGAUUAGUGGCUUCCAUUGACGACCUUUCAACGACAGCUGAAGCGUCAGCCCGAGCUUUUGAGAAGAAAAUCAAAGAAAUGGGCCACUACGUCGAGGUGGACAUUGUGCCAGGCGGGCAUCUAAUGGAACCACCAACUCUGCCCAAUAUGCCAUACGUAUUCUCUGGAUUCACCAAAACCUAUCAGCACUACGGUUGUGACGAUGCUUACACUCAUUGCAAAAGUCAAGAACUUGUCUGGGAGAGAAGCAAGGAAUUCUUCUUCAAAUCCCUUGGAAAACCGAAACCUCUGCCACCAAUUGGAGUCAAAAACAAACUG